AUGGCAAAGGUCGGCUGGGGCAUCAUCGGCUGUGGGGAUGUCACGGAGGUGAAGAGUGGUCCGGCAUUUCAAUCUGCCCGGGGCGCUGAACUCGUGGCUGUCAUGCGUCGCGACGCCGAGAAGGCGAAAGACUACGCGAAGCGGCAUGGGGUGGCAAGGUGGUACACUACGGUCGAGGAUCUUCUGGCAGAUCCCAAUGUGACUGCCGUGUACAUUGCGACGCCGCCGGGCUCGAGGCUCGAGAUCGCCAAGAAGGUGGCCGCCUCGGGCAAGCCGUGCUACUUGGAAAAGCCCAUGGCACGCAGCCUCACCGAGUCUUUGCAAGUCGCCGAACCCUUCAAGCAGGCAGGGUCUCCGCUCUUCGUUGCUUACUACCGCCGGGCCUAUCCGCGUUUCGCGCGACUGCGCGAGCUGUUGACAUCCGGCCGGUUAGGGGUCAUCACCGGGGUGCACUACCGGCUGCAGAAGCCUGCUGUGAAGGAACAAGUUGGCUGGCGUUUCGAGGUCUCUGCCUCAGGGGGUGGUCUCUUCGUGGACAUCGGCUCGCACGUCCUCGAUCUUCUGGACUUCUUGGUCGGACCGCUGCGGAAUCUGCACGGGGUGGCCACCCGCGCCAGCGGAGCAAGCGCGACCGCACCGGAGGAUGGCGUGGCGCUGAGUUUCGAGUGUGCCGAGCAAGCGAUCGGCUCGGCGACCUGGAGCUUCAACGCGCCCGAGAGCUGCGAUCUCCUUGAGAUCCUCACGGCCACGGCCAAGGUUACCGUGCCAGAGCUCAUGAAUGGCAGCCGCAUCUCGGUGGCCUACGCGGAUGGCACGGCGGCGGAGACGUGGGACAUCCCUCCGCCGGCACCGGCCGUGCAGGAGCCCCUGGUUCAAAGUGUCACCGACGCCAUCCUGGCAAAGAAGCCCGAGCUCUGCCCCAGCCGCUCGGACUCGGCCCUGCGCGCGGCGGGAUACAUCGACCAGGCCCUGGAGGGCUUCUACGGCGGCCGAGGAGACGCCUUUUGGGAGAGGCCCGAGAGCUGGACGGUGAACAAGAGGCUCAAGGAGGCGUAA